GGAAAAAUUUAAAAUUCCGUGACCUACAGUUUGCUUCAUCAUGAGCGAAAGAUACAGCUUCUCCUUAAGUACAUUCAGAGAAUUUACGAGGACACUCCAAAAAAGUUCACAAGCCGAGAACAAAUUACUUGUCAGCCGACUAUCGACUUUCCCAUCGAAUCAUCAACGAGUGGAAUUCACUACCUCAGCACGUGGUUGAGGCUCCAUCCGUCGACUCUUUCAAAAGAAAGUUGGAUCAACUGAGAGACCACCAUUGCCAGGACUAACAUAGGCCAUCGAGCCCCUUAUCCUUCCCAAACUGAAACUGAAAGCAACUGGAGCUGGAGCUCCGUCUGUUGGUAUACGUGCCGCGAAUAGGGUUAUGCUUACUGCAGUGAAAAAGUUCACUUCAAAACUUAUGGACGAGUCAACAGUGACAAAAAUUGAACAAGUGACAGAUGGGAUGAAGAUGGUUUACAGUGGUCUGUCACCGGAUUAUCGUGUAUUGGUUAAACAGGCCAAAAAGUCGUACCAGGCAUAUCAGCUGGCGUAUGGUGAACCUAUAUCUCCGGAACAAUUGGUUAUCCGAAUAGCUGCUGUUAUGCAAGAAUAUACACAAUCCGGGUGGGUUUUGUAUUCCUAUCAUUUUCGCGUGUAUAUCGAUAAAAUUUAGCUAGCCAACUGAUUACAUCAAUGUUUAUGCUUCAUAUCGAAUUAUAGAUAUAGUAAUUAGUUACACUUGACAGACAAAUAUUAUGUAUACUUAUGUGAUGUGGCCUUAUAGCAGAACAUCUACAUCACUAGGAUUUACUAUCCAUUCUGCUUUCUAUUCUCCACUCCAUAUUUUAAAGUAUGAACCUCCUCACAUCAUUGCUAUCUAUAUCACCGGAAUAGAAUUCACUGACGAUUUUGAUAUAGUUUCCCCUUGACUCUUGCAGCUAAAGUUAUUCACUAGGAAGCCCUAGGUUCAUGCUUCAUGCUGAAUAGCACUCGCGAACAGAAUGUACCUUCAAUCUUAAAGUAAGUCAAUAUCGUAAAUCCAACCUUGUAUGUAAAUCCACAACUGCCAGUGAUCUGUUUGGGCUACUACUAUACUUCACGCUGUUCAUAUUAAUGGUUUUCGCAAAUGAGCACAAUCCAUUUACUUAAUUCCUGUCUUUCCUUUAGUCACAUAUCCGAAAUAAUUUCAUAGUCCAAGGCAAAUAAAUCACAUGAAAUGACUAAUAAGUUGAUGCUAACUUGAAUAAAUUCACACGUUGAGUGAAUAUAAAUAACAUAGAUCCAAAGAAACAAUAUUAUCUUAGAUCGGAGUUAAUAUUUGGUCAAAAAUUUCAACUUCCUCUGUGAAGCAGGUAACAUUAAUUGAGGUUUUAGUGACUUGCAUUCCCGUAUCUGUGAAUACUAUCCAACCCUGUCUCAGAUAAGGUGUAGUCAAGGUAGUAAAUAGCUUUUAUUUAUUUAUUUGAAGACAUAUAUAUUGGUACAUGAGUGCGCCAAAUAUAUAUGCGCCACACAAAACAAUGAAAAUUUAAGAAGAAAAAAAAACAAUGUGGAACGUAUAAAAAAAAUAAUGAAGAGAUUGGUGUCAGGGAAUGUAGUAAUAAUCAUAGUCAUAAUGAGGGAACGUAAAGGUACAAUCAGAAGAAACCUUUCAGUUAAGGAAGAAACAACCACUUUUAUGAAGAAAGUAAAAGAAGGUUACAGCAGGAUCGCCACUGGCUUCUAUUCUCAGCCAUAUCUGAUAACGUCUCUAGCCACUGUGUAGCACUAUCUCUCGGACCCCAACCAGGGAGUCGUGAAGGACCGACAAAAACCAGUCCUUUGCAGCUUUCUUUCAUACCACGACACCAUGUCAUAUACUGACCACCUCUCCGCUUUCUCCAACCGGUCCCAGAGUCGACAAAUAAUGCACGACGUGGAAUUCUCUGGGACGACAUUCGUAGAGCAUGUUCAAGCCACCGAAGUCGGUGUUUCAAAAUGGUGACACCAAUUGCAUUAUCUUCUCUGUGCCCGAACACACGAUACCGAACCUCUGCAAUACUAACAUGGUGUUGCCACUGGAUGUUAGCAAUCCUUCGGAGACAUCGAUGAUCGAAUACAGAAAGUCGUCCAAGUAAAUAGCUUACUAUUGGUUCAUUUAGUUCAGACUAGUCAUAGCGCCUAGGCAAACCAAACAUUCCUAACAGUUUGUCGGGUUAGGGAUUGUCGUAAUCUUACAGACUUAAAGUUCCUCAAGCCGUAAAGCCAACAGUGAAUCAGGUUUAAAAAUUGCUGGAGCUAUGUUUACAGAGGAUAUUAUUAAGUGGAUCUUUGAUUACACUCAUUGAUCUGGACAGGAAAUGAGAGAGAUGAAGCGGAGAAGAGAGAGCGAAGCGGAACGAAAAGAUACGCAGUAAAGAUGGCGGAUGAGCCGACUUCCUUUAAUCAAACGUUAAUCAAUAUUUAUAGUUAGAUAAAAAUAAGUUACAGACAUGUAAUGAAUAGGAUGAGAAGUGUACACACACAUACAUACGCUCAUAUGAAAGCAAUCAAGGUUGAUAAGUGAAUAAUUAACAAGGUCUGUUCAGAACCUAGAAUAAGUUAUAUGAACUUGUAGUGACUCACUUUUAUCAUGAGAACACGAUUGGUUUAGUGAAAACAAUUAUUAUAACUAAUUGUACCUGUGCUUGUUGCUAUAAGAGUAUAAUUUUGUAUGAGUUUUGAGUUAUGAUUGAAUUGAGUUCAAUAGAGAACUAAUCUGCCAUUUACUUUUAUCUAACUAAUCACUAGUUUAGAAAGAGAUUGACAAUCAAUCAGUGUUAACUUUUUGUUUGUUAUUUUUAUUUUAUUUAUUUUAAAACAUAGAUAUUGGUACAAGGAGGCACCAAAUGGAUAUGCGCCAGACAGAUCUCAUUGGAUUUGUGCGAGGGCUGUGAUACUGCCCGGGUGCCCAAACCGAAGCAUGUGGUUUUCUCAGGGGGCGAAACCCGGAGCCUCCGACCUGAAGGUCUGAUACACAAGGCAAUGGAGCAUUGUAAGGAGAUGCAGUCCUAUAGAAGCUAGUGAUCAACAAUUGGUUCAUACGCCAUUUGUUCCCACAGGAUACUGGAGCCCAUGUGCACCACUGAUCUGGAAUUCGGUUAAAGUGCCGAACAUUCGCUUUUCGUCCUCUCAUUUUCGUAAACAACACUGAUGUCACUGAGAGUAUAAAGUGUUAAAUUCUAUUUUGGCAUAUUACAGGGUAAUGAACAUUUACAAAAUUGACACUAUCCCUAAAUUAAAACUCAGAUCCCUUGAACCUGAAGUAAACCAAUGGGAGAAACAACUAAAACAAAGGAGUAAACAAUGACAAAUUUAAAGUCAGUAAGAACCAAUCAACGUCGAGGUGUUCAGAACUAGUUAUGAAACGCAUAUGGAGAAACUCGAACACUUCAGUUGAGAUGGUAUCAUUUUCCCUGUUGGUCAAUACUUAUUUCACGUGUCAAAUGUUAUUUUCUAUUUUAUGGUACGAUGUGGUCUGCUUGAUUGGUAUAUAAACAGAGAAUGCUUGAAAUAUAACGAUUCAUAUCUCAGCGGCUG